AUGACAAAGGAAAUCGAUACCCCCACCGCCCAGGCUGGCGCGCAAGAAAAGACCCUCAAACCAGCCGAGGAAUUCAUCUCCCUCGGCGAUGCCAAUGACUUCACCCUCGAAGCCGCCUCGGACGUCUCCUCAAGUGACUCUGAAUCCGACUCGGAGUCUGAAUCUGAAUCAGACGAUGAAGAAGUGACCCCCGACGAAAUGACCUUCCACCCCCACCGCAUUACGCUUCCCACAUUCCGCCGUCUCCUCUCCUGCUACCAGACCACCGUCGAGCAAGUGCACCGGCGCAAAGUCAUGCUGAAGCUGCAGCCCAAGCCGGAGAAGGGCUCGAAGCGGAAGGCGGAGAAGAAGACGAACACGGCAUCGGCGAGCUUGCGGGGUGCGAUGUUGCUCCAGAAGACGGAGUUUAAUGCUUCGGAGGAGAAGUAUAUCAAGGAGGAGACGGAGAAGUUUUUGAAGUUGGAUGGGUGGCGGUAUGAGGAGAUGCCCAAGGUUAUGGGGGAGAGGCGGGAGAAGAAUAAGGGUGAGGUGUUGAUUAAGGAUGAUUUGAUUACUGUUAUGGAUUGGAAGACGAAACAUGGUAUUCCCCGUCCAACUCUUAUGGGAAUGGUCAAGUCCAACCAGAAUAAGAAUGUGGUCAAGUGUUCUUCUACUGCCAUGGCUGCCCUUUCGACUGAAGACCCCAUGCUCGCGCCAAACGAGGCUUUCCCUAAACCCAGCAUCGACGCCUUCGGUCCCCUCCGCGGCGUUGGUGUGGCCACUGCCUCGCUAAUCCUCUCAAUGGCCACUGCUACCGGCAACCCCAAGCAGCAGGUCCCAUUCUACAGUGACGACGUCUACCUCUGGCUAUGCAUGAAAGAGUUCCCCGAACCAGAGGAAGAAGAAGAAGAAGAAGACGCAGCCGAGGAAGACCAAGAAGCCGACGCGGAAGCCUCAACCGACAAAAAGCGUGGUCCCCAGCCCCCCAAAUUUAAACUCAAGCGCACAGUCUCCAAAUUCAAGCGUACCAACGGCGAACUAAACGUCAAAUACACCAUCGCCGAAUACCGCAGACUCUGGGACGCAAGCUGGGAACUCCGCGAACGCCUGAACCGCGCCGCAGAAUCAGAAUCCGAGUCUACAUCCAUCUCCCACACCGACAUUGAAAAAACCGCCUACGUGCUACGCAACAUCGCCGUAUCGGGCUACUUCGAGGGCCAGAAUCCGGAGGAUGUUGCCCGGACGGCGACCCGGCAGAAGGCGCGCGUGGACGCUGCGAUGAAGGUUGAGAAAGCGCGGGCUGAUGCUUCUGGUGAGACUGCUGCGCGGGAGAAGAAGCUUGCUUUGAAGAAGCAGAAGAAGGCGGAGAAGGAGGAGAGGAGGGCUAAGUUGAAGGAGUUGAAGGCGAAGCAGAAGCAGAAGAAGAGGGAGAAGCUUGAGGGGGAGAAGCGGGAGGGCGAGACUGCGGGUAGGAAUGCUAAGAGGAGGAAGGUUGAGUAG